CAUACCAAUCAUAAUAAAAGAAUAAUGGCAUAUAUUCAUCUAGUUCAUGUCUUUAUCUUCAUUUCCCUUACCUCAUACUCAGCCAUGGCAGCUACACAAUCGUACAAUGUGAUAACUUAUGGGGCCAAACCUGAUGGCAGAACAAAUUCUGCUCAAGCCUUUAUUUCUGCUUGGUCACAGGCCUGUGAGUCUAAAGAACCAGCCACCAUACAUAUUCCUAAAGGGAAGUAUUUGUUAACCAAAUUGGUAUUCCGAGGUCCAUGCAAGAACAACGCUAUUGUAUUUGUCAUAGAUGGUACUCUUUUGGCUCCUUCAGAUUACAGGAUUAUAGCCAACGCUGAGGACUGGAUAGAACUUGAACAUGUCAGUAAUGUUUCAGUUUUUGGUGGCAUUCUCGAUGCAAAUGGCUCUCAAUUGUGGUCUUGCAAGAAUUCUGGCAAAAAUUGCCUCUCUGGUGCAACGUCACUUAAAUUUACAAAUUCAAACAACAUUUUAAUCAAGGGAUUAACAUCACUAAAUAGCCAAAAGAUUCACAUUGUCAUCUUUGAAUGCCAAAACGUCAAAUUGCAAGGCUUAAAUAUCUCGGCGUCCGGUGAGAGCCCUAACACAGAUGGCAUUCAUGUUCAAGGAUCGAGUGGUGUCACUAUACUCAAUUCUACAAUUGGGACAGGUGAUGAUUGUGUAUCGGUUGGUCCUGCCACCUCUAAUUUAUGGGUUCAAAAUGUUGUUUGUGGACCUGGCCAUGGAAUCAGCAUCGGAAGUUUAGGCAAUGACCUUCAAGAAAAUGGGGUGCAAAAUGUAACAAUCACAAGCUGUACAUUAAGUGGUACUGCUAAUGGAGUGAGAAUAAAGACUUGGGGAAGACGAAGCAAUAGUUUUGCUGGAAAUAUUCUUUUUCAGCAUAUUCUGAUGAAUAAUGUUCAAAAUCCAAUUGUGAUUCAUCAAAAUUAUUGUCCUCAUCACAACUGCCCUAAUCAGGAUUCUGGAGUAAAAAUUAGUAACGUGACCUACCAAGAUAUUCAUGGAUCAUCAGCAACAAAAGUAGCAGUAAAACUUGAUUGCAGUAAAAGUAAUCCAUGCAAUGGAAUUAAACUAGAAGGUGUAAAUCUGACAUACAAAAAUAAACCAGUGAAAGCAUCGUGUAUCAAUACAGGUGGAACUUGUUUGUAAGUGGGAAAGUAAUUAGCAAAAUUACUAUGUACUUAAAUAUAUUAGUCUAAUUGAAUGGAAUUUGUAAUUGCUUGAUCAAAUUUAUAGUUACUUGGAUCCCCAAUUUAUGGUUUUCUGGAAAAAGGUAAUAAAAGAGAUUAUCCAGCAGCAUGCUGUUUGGAUUUUCAUA